UUCCGUUAGGUUAUAACAGUACCAUAUGCCCCACGAAAACAUACCAUAAUAACUUUCAACCGAUAAAAAGAUAUAAAAACCUAAGACUUCCCAUAUAGUCUCGAGUCAACUGGAGCUACCUGAAUUAAUGUUGUUCCACAAACAAACAAUCAUCAAAACUCCUGAAUUUUGUACAUUACAUAAUGAACCCGUUAAGCUGAGUGCAACGAUGACUAUAUUCGAAUUUUUGGCUUCUUUUUCUUUUGGAAGGCACGAAUAAAAUAAAAUUGGAAUUGAGUUUGCAGUUUCUGGAGAUUUAAUAGGAAUCGAGGAUAUACUAUCAAGGAUUAAUGAUAACUUUACGUGAAGAACUUGUGUUUUUGGAAGUUUUUGAUUGCACACAAGGUGUUUGAUGAAAUGUCUUAAAGAAUGUUGGAUUGUUUGGGUGAUUUUAUUCAAGGAUAUGAAGGCUUUGUGGCAACCCAAAUGGGGGAAUUUUGGCAUGUUAAACUCGAGGUGUUUUUUAUUAUCUAACUAUUCGACGUCAAGUGAUGUUGAAAAGUUAUGCGAUGUUGUUUCUCAUGGGGUUGGAAGUUUAGAUGAUUUAGAAGCAAGUCUUGACAAGCUCAAGGUUUCUUGCUGCUCGUCGGUUGUGACCCAAGUGCUUGAUUUUAGUAAGAGAGAUGCGCCGGUGAGACGGCUGCUUAGAUUCUUUUCAUGGUCAGAAAAACAUGUUGAUGUUAGGCUGGAGGAUAAAGACUAUAAUCAUGCUAUUAGAGUGUUUGCUGAAAAGAAAGAUUUUUUAGCAUUAGAUAUGCUGAUCUCGAAUAUUGGUAAAGAAAAUAGGGUGAUGGAGAGCUCGACAUUUAGUAUUGUAGCUGAGUCGUUGGUUAAACUAGGAAGAGUCGAUGAAGCAUUGGGUGUAUUCAAGAACUUGGCUAAAUUAAGGUGCCCGCAAGAUUGUACAACCGUUACUGCCAUAGUCUCUGCUUUAUGCUCAAAAGGACAUGUCAAAAGAGCAGAGGGGGUCAUUUAUCACCAUAAAGAUAAGAUCUCUAGUGCGAACUUGAAACAUCUCAUUUACAGAAAUCUACUUCACGGAUGGUCUAUGCAAGAGAAUGUCAAAGAGUCGAGACGAAUCUUAAAGGACAUGAAAGGUGCAGGAAUCAGUCCAGACCUAUUCUGCUACAACACGUUUCUCAAAUGUCUUUGCAAGAAAAACCUCAAGUAUAAUCCUUCUGGGCUUGUUCCUGAAGCAUUGAACGUUAUGAUCGAGAUGCGAACAUAUGCAAUUGCACCAACUACUGUAAGUUAUAAUAUAUUGUUAUCUUGUCUUGGUAGAACUAGAAGAGUUAAAGAAUCUCUCCAGAUUCUCGACACAAUGAGAAAAGCAGGGUGUUCUCCUGAUUGGGUGAGUUAUUAUCUUGUUGCACGAGUUUUGUAUCUAACUGGAAGAUUUGGUAAAGGUAAGCAAAUGGUUGAUCAGAUGAUUGAAGACGGUUUAGUCCCUGAACGCAAGUUCUACUAUGACUUAAUUGGUAUUCUUUGUGGGGUCGAGAGGGUUAAUUACGCUCUUGAGCUAUUUGACUUAAUGAAGAAGAGCUCAUUAGGUGGGUAUGAAACAGUUUAUGACCUGCUGAUACCAAAGCUCUGCAGCACAGGUGAGUUUGAGAAAGGCAGAGAGCUUUAUGAGGAGGCAAUAGCCAUGGGUCUCACCCUUGAGUGUUCUAGUGAUGUGUUGAACCCUUUGAUCACCAAGGUGUUUAAGCCAACAAGAAAAUUGGAAGAUAAAAUCUGUGCUUUAGAUACCCCGAAACAAAAAACUGUUGGAAAAUUGAAGUUUGUCACCAAUUUGAAAAAGGGGAAGAAGUUAUUUAUUGCCAAAAAGAAUGGUAAGGAGAUGAUGGUGCUUAAGAAGGUCAGAAGGAAAGGAGCCCGACCUUCCCCUUGAUUGGUAAGUGUUUUUACAUCCAUAAACAUGCCGUUUUUUGGUAUGUUGUGUACUUCUUAUUACUUUACUAUUACUACUAUAUGCAUUAGUUAACAAUUAUUUGUUCAUUCUCAUUCAUUUGACAAUGCAUUCACUAAUCAUGCUAGUCAAUACAGACCAUUGACUAUUUAGUCAUAUGUUAAACUUACUAG